ACGCUGAUCAGUGAUCUCUGCCGAAACGGAAUUCAUCUUCAACAGUAUAUCUCCGUUCCUUGUUUAGUUCUUUCACUUUCAAUAGAUCUCCCUGCUUCCAACUUUAACCUGCUCAUCUAUUUCUCCAUUACCCAGUUCCCUUGCCUCUCCCUGCAAUGUCCACUGAAGAACUCCAAUUGCCAAAUGGAGGUAAAUCUGAACCCAUACCGGAACCAAAUUUCGUACCUGAGUCUGUACCCGCACCAGCAUCAGAACCUGAACCUCAGUCUGCGGCGGUGGUAGUAAAGGAUGCGGAUCCCGAUACGGAGGGACCGAGAGAUUCUUUGAUCCAAUCAAACGAAGCGGACAAUCCUCAAUCCAACGAGCAAAAUGCACGUCCCGAGCUGCGAAAAGACGGAGGGAGCAGGACGUUCACGAUGAGGGAAUUGCUUACUGAAUUGAAAACCGGAGAAGGAGACCAUGCCAGUCCUCCUCAAAGUCACCAAAGCACACCGCACCACCAAGCAGAGCAAACUAGUGCAGCUAUGGAAUUGAUUAAUAGUAUUACAGGCGCUAAUGAGGAGGGUCAGUCUCGCCAAAGGAUUCUUGCAUUUGCUGCCAAAAGGUAUGCUAGUGCAAUAGAGAGAAAUCCGGAAGACUAUGAUGCACUGUACAAUUGGGCGUUGGUUCUUCAGGAAAGUGCAGAUAAUGUUAGUCCAGAUUCCACCUCACCUUCUAAAGAUGCUUUGCUUGAGGAGGCCUGUAAAAAAUAUGAUGAGGCUACCCGUCUCUGUCCUACACUUCAUGAUGCUUUCUACAAUUGGGCUAUUGCAAUCUCUGAUCGCGCAAAAAUGCGUGGUCGUACAAAUGAGGCUGAAGAACUGUGGAAGCAGGCAACAAAAAAUUAUGAAAAAGCUGUCCGACUUAACUGGAACAGUCCCCAGGCACUUAACAAUUGGGGACUUGCAUUGCAGGAACUCAGUGCAAUUGUUCCUGCACGUGAAAAGCAAACAAUUGUAAGAACUGCCAUUAGCAAGUUUCGUGCAGCAAUACGGUUGCAAUUUGAUUUCCACCGAGCAAUCUACAACCUUGGAACUGUUUUGUAUGGAUUAGCAGAGGACACAUUAAGAACUGGGGGUGCAACAAAUCCUAAAGAUGUUUCCCCCACUGAGUUGUAUAGCCAGUCUGCUAUCUACAUUGCAGCUGCUCAUGCAUUGAAACCAAAUUACUCUGUAUACAACAGUGCCUUGAGACUUGUGCGUUCAAUGUUACCAUUGCCAUAUCUUAAAGUUGGGUACUUGACUGCACCACCAGCAGGGAAACCAAUGGCACCACAUAGUGACUGGAAGAGAUCCCAGUUCGUAUUAAAUCAUGAAGGGUUUCAACAGGUUAACAAAUUAGAGCAAAAACAAACGCAGAGCCUCUCUGGUAGACCAGCUAUGACAAAUGGUGAAAAAAGGGCUGUCAAAGUCAAUAUAUCAGAUAUAACAUCUGUAUCAGCCUGUGCUGAUCUGACUUUACCACCUGGUGCAGGCCUCUGUAUUGAUACAAUUCAUGGACCAUUUUUCUUGGUAGCUGACUCAUGGGAAUCCCUGGAAGGAUGGCUGGAUGCAAUCCGUUUAGUUUACACAAUCUAUGCACGUGGUAAAAGUGAAGUCCUAGCAGCUAUUGUCACAAGUUGAUUAUAAUUAUUAUUACGUUCGUGACCAGGGCAAUAUAAUUUUCAAGGUUUACAGUUCCUGUAUUCAGAUUUGGUCAUUUCAUUAAGAAUUCUGUAUAUUGAAGUUUUUGGCAUAGCGUAAGGUUUAUAAAAUCUGCAUUAUAUAUCAAGUGUAGAUUCUUUUGUUUA